AUGAUCGAUUUAACAUCAAUAUAUAUGAGUGAAUUACAAAACAAUUUACAAAACAAAGAAUUUAGAUCUCUUGACCAAGAAACAACACCUACUGGUGACAGUACUAGUACCUCUACUUUUGAAAUCACAACUUCAUUAAUAAGUAUAACAAAUUCCUCUGGUGAAAGCACACAACAUUCAUCUGGUGACAGUACAACCUUGGGUACAAUUCAAUAUAGCAACAUCCUCUGGAAGUUAAUACAGGUUGUCGAGUAUGAAUACACCUUCAACGGCUCCCAUCGCUUCGACAGCUUUGUCUUCAAUGCAACACUCUACUUCAACCCUGAGAAAGAAUAUCCCGAUAGAGAACAAAUUAGUUAA